AUGUCUCGUUUGGUGAAGGGGGUGCGGUCUUUUUCUUCUACGGCGGUAUCGUCCCUUCUUGCCGACACGACUGCUGCCGCUAAAGUCCGCCAACCCGAAUCCUUCCAAGUCUUCCGCGACGUUCCUCUUAUGCGCCAAUUGCGCCGGAAUCUACUAAAGAAUGAUCGCACGGUUGGCUUUGUUCCCACAAUGGGAGCCCUCCAUGAAGGACAUGUUUCCUUAAUUCGAGCAGCUGCCCGCGAAAACACCGACAUUUUUGUCAGCAUCUUUGUCAACCCUACUCAAUUUGGAGUCAAUGAGGACUUAUCCAGCUACCCUCGUACUUGGGAUAGCGAUGUGGAGAAACUUGAGGCACUCAAUCAAGAGCUCGCACAAAUCUCCGCAGAUAAUGGGUCUAGUUCCGGGGCAGGCGCGGGUCGGAUCACGGCUAUCUUUGCGCCUACAUCCCAGGUGAUGUAUCCGACACUUCCGCCUUCUUCGGAGAUUGAUGGGAAUGGCUCUUUCGUCACAAUUACCCCCUUAGCAACCAAGUUGGAGGGUGGUUCCAGGCCAGUUUUCUUCCGGGGCGUCGCGACUGUCUGCAUGAAGCUCUUCAACGCGAUCACUCCAGACCGAGUCUACUUUGGUCAGAAGGAUGUACAACAGACCGUUGUCAUCAAGCGAAUGGUUCAGGAUUUCCAUAUUGGAACCGAGGUUCGAAUCGUGAACACGACCCGUGAAACGAGUGGGCUUGCGCUGAGUUCUCGCAAUGUCUAUCUCGGCGACCGCAGACGUGCUGUAGGACUGACCAUUUACCGAGCUCUUCAGGCUGCCGAAGAAGCUUAUCUCGCCGGCAAGACAUCUCGCGCAGAGAUCUUAGGAGCAGCACGAAGCGUGACGGACAAGGUGCUCGCUGAGCAGCAAGCCCUUUCGUCGUCAGAGAGAGCACUAUUCGAGGUUGACUAUAUCUCCCUGGCGGACUCUGAGACCUUAGACGAGCUGGAUCUUGUCAACUCAGCAAAGGGGGGAGUCCUAAGUGCUGCUCUAAAAAUGGCGCCUCUAGAAGAGACCAACCCUGGCGAGGACUGUGGACUCGGUGAUGGGAAAGUCGCUGUUCGAUUGAUUGACAACUUGAUCCUCCAGCCUCGGGUGUAA